AUGGAAUGGCUGUUUGGAAAACGAAAAACUCCUCAGGAGCUUCUGAAACAGAAUCAACGUGCUUUGAAUAAGGCCAUGCGGGAGUUGGAUCGAGAGAGAAAUCGGCUGGAAAUGCAGGAAAAGAAGAUCAUUGCCGAUAUAAAGAAGAUGGCCAAAGUGGGACAAAUGGUAAGUGUUUGUUGGCGUUUUAAGUUAAUCGUUUAGGAUUCUGUGAGAGUUAUGGCAAAAGAUUUGGUUCGAACAAGACAAUACGUGAAGAAGUUUAUGAUGAUGAGAGCCAACAUUCAAGCCGUUUCUUUGAAGGUUCAAACAUUAAAGAGUCAAGAUGCAAUGGCCCAGGUAUGACUCAUUUAUCUCCUUAUGGUGUAUUUGUGAAAUUCAAUUAAUUACAAAAUAUUUUAGGCGAUGAAAGGUGUAACAAGAGCAAUGGGAAGUAUGAACAGACAAUUGAAUUUACCUCAAAUUUCGAAGAUCAUGCAAGAUUUCGAAAGGCAAUCAGAGAUUAUGGAUAUGAAGGAGGAGAUGAUGGAUGAUGCGAUCGAUGACGCGAUUGGCGAUGUAGGAGAAGAAGGAGAAACCGAGGCCGUAGUUCAACAGGUAUGUCACAUUACGCUCUUCUAUUAGACUUUUUUAGGUACUCGAUGAGCUUGGAAUCCAAAUGGGUGAAGAGUUGGCCAAUCUUCCCUCCGCCGACGCUGCCCUCGGGGCAAAGACUGCCCAAAAACAGCCUCAGGCUGCAGCUAUGAGCGACGUUGACGCCGACUUACAAGCCCGUCUAGAGAACCUGAGGAGAGAGUAA